UUUGCACUCAUGCAAAAAAACCAGCAAUUUUUUCCCAUUCUUGUUCUUCCUCGUAGAAAAAGAAAAGAAAUCUUGAAAUUACAAAUAUGGUGGUUUCAUCUAAGCCUAUUUUUGAAAAUUCUUCUCACAUUAAAACAUGCAAACCCUAUACUUCUGAUGAUAAUAUUCCAGUGAUAGACAUGUUAGACCCUCAAGCUAAAUUCCAUAAUAUAAAAGCAUGUCAAGAACUUGGAUUCUUUAAGGUUGUCAAUCAUGAUGUUCCUAAAGAAACAAUGACCAAAUUAGAAGGUGAUGCUUUUAAGUUCUUUAAUUUGCCGCAGUGUGAGAAGGACAAAGCUGGCCCUGCUAAUCCUUUUGGUUAUGGUAACAAAAGAAUUGGCUCAAAUGGUGAUGUUGGUUGGAUUGAAUAUCUUCUCUUUACUACAAAUUCUGAACUCAUUUCAGAGAAAUCCGUUAAUAUUCCUGGAAAUUCUCACCUUUCAUAUAUGUAUGAAUCCAGCGGAUCCACAGCUUAUCUUGCUUGUGAGCUAAAUCCCAGCGAUUUUUGGCAAUGGCUGCUUUAUUCCACAACUCCAGAUCCCAUUUCUCUAAAUUCUGAAUCAACUCCUUUUCUUGCAGUAGCAGCUCAGAGGAACUACUUGUAUCCCCCACCUCUAUCAUGGGGUAGAGUAGAGCUUCCACGAGCACCUGCUGUCCCACUUUUUAACACAACUAGUUUGCAAAUCUGCCUCAGAGAUGGGACAUGGGUCUCAGUACAACCUGAUCACUACUCCUUUUUCAUCAUUGUUGGUGAUUCCUUGCAGGUAAUGACUAAUGGGGGAUUUAGGAGUGUAAGGCACAGAGUGUUGGCGAACAGUUUGAAAUCAAGGUUAUCAAUGAUCUAUUUUGGUGGACCGCCUUUGAGUGAAAAAAUAGCACCUUUAUCUUGUUUAAUGGAGGAAGGAGAAGAAAGUUUGUACAAGGAAUUUACAUGGGGUGAAUACAAGAAAUCAGCCUACUUGACAAGGUUGGGUGAUAAUAGGCUAGGACUGUUUGAGAAAAAUAUUAAAGUACGACAAUAUGGUCAUAAUUUGCUCAUUUAGGUAGGAUUUUGUCAUCCAAUAGA